AUGCCAGUUUACUUUGGUCUGAACGCAGGAGGAAAAGAAUUGCCACCUGAGAAGAUACUACAUCAGAAGUCUUCAUUUUUAAGCCUGCAGAGUAGUAUGAUUUCCCAGAAAAAAACCACAGUGGCUCAGCAAAUAUCAUCAGCCAGACUUCACAAAAUUAAAGAGCUGAAGAAUGAAAUAUUUUAUUUACAGCACAAAUUAGAAGCAUCAAGCUUAGAAAACCACAUUUUGAAACAGCUUGAGUGUCGACACUCGAAAGCAAUAGUUAGAUAUGAAAAUUCAGAAAGUAACUUGCUGGAUCUUUUAGCAAGUCAUUAUAAUGAGGUGAGAGCUUUAAGGAAGCUCCUGAGGAUAUCUCAGGAGGAUGAGAGAAAUACAUCCAGGAAGCUCAGAAAAGUUGAAGAAGAGCUGCUGAAAGCUAAAGAUGCUUUGCAGACCUUGCGUAUGCUUUCAGAAGACAAAGCUCUUGCGGAGAGAGAGGAACUUGAUCACAGGUUAUCGGUCCUUACAGAAAAAAUGGAAGUGAAUAAUAAGAGAAUACAGAGCCUAGAAAAGCAGCUGAAGUUGAACGAUAGCACCUUUAGUCGUCAGUUGGCCAAUGAGAACAAAAAAGCUGUGGAAGCUGGGAUAAUUACAAAGAACUUGCGAAUGGAAAUCAAUGCUCUUCAUCAAAAAAUUAAGGAAAAGGAUCGGCAGCUUUAUGUAAAAAACAUCUAUGCAAAUCGGAUGCCUAAAACCCCAAAAGACAAAGGUGAUUCAGUACCUCAUGAAAAAAGUCGUAGUGUAAACAGAUCAGUACAAGUAGAUAAACAGAAGUUUAGAUCACUGCUGCUGUCACAGUACCAAACUCAGGAAGCAGAAAAAAGUCCAAUUCAGCUAACAGAGGAGAAAAAGUCUUCUGAAGAUAAGAAUCAAAAAGCUAAAGCAAAUGAAGUGUACGCAGAUGCCCAAUGUAGAAGAGAAAAGCAAUCAACCAAGAAAAUACCGAAGCCAGAAACUUUUAAUAGAACACGCAGAGAGUAUUUAAGAGAGGGCAGACUACUGAGGGAAGAAUACACUUGGUUGGAAUUUUUGAAAGAAGAAGAAAAGGAGGCAGAUUUGCUUAAAUGGGAGCUGAAAAACCUGAUGAAAAUGGAACAAAGUCCCCUAAGUGACAGUGUAAAAGAGAACAAUAAAGAGGACUAUGCAGUGGAAGAAUAUGAAAAAGAAGAAAAGCCAGAUGAACAGCUAAAUAGGAGUGAGAAGGCAGGGAGUAAAUGUGUAAGUCCAGGUCCAAGAAACAAAACGGUCAUUAGGCUGAAAAAGAAAUGCACGUUCUCAGCAGCCACUGAGAAUUUGCAUCAUGGGCUUCCUACAUCAGGCGCAAAAUCCAGAAAAGGCACUCUUUGCGACCAUAGACACGCAGGUCAGGACUGCAGCGAAACAGCUGAAUCAAAAGUGAAAAAUUCCUUUGAGCUAUAUGAACCAUCUUUUGGCAAACCUACCGAAACAAGGCGGAAGGACAGAACCACUGAAGCGGAAGGCUGCGUUCAUAUGACAUUUGCUGACAGGAAAAACAGUCUCAUGAAAGAACUCUUUGGACCAGGCUGUGUUUGAAGAGACAGCCAUUCAAGUUCUAACAUGAGAGGAAUGAAGAAAGAGAAGCGAAGGGAUGCAGGAUUACACAAGCCAAAUUUCAAACCACCGCUACUGACUAGUUCAUAAUGUAAAGCACCUAAGGCUAAUGAAAUCCUCACGAGAAUAGACGAACUAAAUUUUUUUUAUAUUAAGUACAUCAACUUAAGUACCGAGCACUUCUUUCAAUGAUUUUUCCAAAACGAUAGUCAAACCAGUUUUCACAAAAGAACAUUCUUCUCUUCUCGGUCCACGUGCAUGAAUGUGCACACGCGUGCAUCUCAGUAAGAGCGCCUUAACAAUUACACUUUUCUACCUGUUAUCAGGUGUCCAAGUUAGUCCUUGUUUUGCAAUUUCCAGCUUUUUGCAUUCUCUCUGCAGUUUGAAUUUUGAAGCUCAUUAUUUGUUAGCUAGCUGAAGUGAGCAAUCUGCUUUCAUAAGGUUCAUUAUUGGGUUAGUACCAACAAUGCAAUAAAACAAAAUAAUUUUUUAUUUUCUUCGCUCCUGAAAUAGCUUCCAGAAUUCACACAUAAUAAAACCAAUUUGCUAUUACAUUGUUUUCACUAGCAUUAUAAAGCUCUAAAGCUUCAUUCUUUUCCACUGUUAGAAUUUAUCAAAGCAGUUUGCCUGGUAACUUCCACAGCUGACAUCCAAAGAUGAAUGUGCCAAGAGUAAACUAUUGUUCUGGAGAAGUCAGGCAUAUCCAGUUCUCAAAAAGCCUUUAAAAAUUCUGUGUUUAAGGUUAUGUAAGCAAGGGUAGGAGGAUUAUGUUUUGUUCCUCAUAGUCAUUCAUGAAACGUCUGCUAAAAUGUGAAGUUAGGGAAAACUACGUGCAUUCUAUUAACUUUAAAAGACAGUAGCACUUAAAAAUAAAACCCUUCCAAAAAUGAUACCGCAAAAGGCAGUUUAGACACUUAGAUCUGACCCUCCUUGCAGCAUAUUUCUUUUCAAAAGCUGCACACCAGACAUGCCUCAAAGAAUGACUUUGUGUAGUCAGAAGAGUAGGCGUUUCUCCUCCUGUUAACACUUCUACAGUGCCUUUACUGCUGUCCCAAAGCUAAAAGCAUACGAGCGUACAUCAUCCAACACUCCUGUUUGACCUGACUAGCUGACCGAAAGCCUUUUUGCCCGUUUCUCACCCAAAUGUUUGACUACAGCAGCCAACAAACUGCGUAUUUGAUGACCCCAUCCGAAGUGUGGAUAAACAGUAAAUGCCAUUGUGAAGAUUUUAAACAAUGCUGCUUUUCUUGAAUUCACUGUAUUGAACUCCGUAACAAGCUAAGCAGAAACAUCAUUAGCUGCAUCGUUAGAUUCAGAAAUAUGUCAAUGCCAUAAUUAAAUAAUUUGUCCAGAAUACUUUUUAAAAAAUAAUAAAUUAGGCCUGUGGACUCCAACAGCAUGGGGGAGGAUGUGGGGGUGUU